AUUGGCUCUAGUUUGAAGCAAAUUUAUAUUCGAUCAAAGAAACACUUGGAGAUAUUUCGUCAAAGCGAAAUAUUCCCGAUUACCCAACUCGCCGCCGACUUUGAUUUUUGUCUUUGAAUGCUGCUCCAGCAGACCGAAAAUUCCACCAAGUUCAAUCAGCAUUUCACAGAGUGCUGGAAUCAGCUAAGCCUGCAGAGAAGGUCCGACAUAUUAUCCGUUCUCAGCACCAUAUCCUUCAGCGCUGCUAAGAUGGCCACCAUGCCCCAGGGUGCAUUUGCCGCCUGCAAGAUUCGCCAGCAAUUCAACGAGCGCGAGAUGAUCGUUUCCCGCAUGAGAUCUGGGACAGAUAAGACUGCAGUUGACAACAACACAGCUCAACGGGAAUACUCUCCGGUCAAGUAUAAUGACAAGCUAAUGAACUCUAUUUGGGGCCUGUACAACCGUUACUCGCCGCACAACGUCAAGAAGAACGAGUACGCUCCCACCAAAUAAGACCCUAUCGCAGGCGCAGCAGCUUUGCUUAUAAGGAAGCUGCUCUGCCGUGUCGCUGCCUAUACCCUUUCUAGGUAUAGGCCGACACAAUCAUAUAUAUAUAUGAACUCAACUAUAUAUACACACUACUUAUAUAUCCCCCUUAACCUGCGCAUGAAAAAUUAACCCCAAAAAAAGGUAAUCCUUGGUAACAAAAUUGAAUUUAAUUAAUCACAUCUACUACUUUGAUGCUGUAA